UGUGAUACUUGGGAGACUAGCAGCGAAGCUAAGAGACAGAUCACCACCGCGGGAAAUGUUUCUGCUCCCGCACACGGAGUCGUCUAACUGACCAACAAAUCUCCCCCCGCCCUGUGGGCAAAUCGGACCCUCGGUAGUUUGGAAGCGGCGUUUUCCUGUCAGCCAUGAGCUUGAGGAAGAAGCUGGUGGUGGUUGGAGACGGGGGCUGCGGUAAGACCAGCCUGCUGUUCGUACUGAGCCGGGACCAGUUCCCUGAGGGUUACAUCCCCACCAUCUUUGACACCUACGUGGCGGACAUCGUGGUGGACGAGAGACAGGUGGAGCUGGCGCUGUGGGACACGGCGGGCCAGGAGGACUACGACCGCCUGCGACCCCUCUCCUACCCCGACACCCACGUCAUCCUGCUCUGCUUCUCGAUCGACAGCCCCGACUCCCUGUGGAACAUCCCGGAGAAGUGGGUGCCCGAGGUCAGGCACUUCUGCCCCGGCGUGCCCGUGCUGCUGGUGGGCAACAAGAAGGACCUGCGCGCCGACGAGCGGACCCGGCGGGAGCUGGCCCGCAGCAAGAAGGAGCCGGUGCGGUGGGAGGAGGGCCGGGCCGUGGCCGAGAAGAUCGGUGCCCACGCCUACCUGGAGUGCUCGGCCAAGACGAAGGACGGCGUCUGGGAGGUGUUCGAGACCGCCACCCGGGCCACGCUGAAGGACGCGGAGCCCGGGUGCUUCAAAUUUUCGUGCGCGGUGAUGUAGGGCGGACGCCGCCGGUACAGAUCAAGACCGCACAAAUCUUAACCCAACCAAGGAGAGAGUUGAAGUAAGGGGGAGAGGGGAGGGGGUCUUUGAAUGGAUUUUUAUUGACUGGUGGGAUGGGGAGACUGCAUCUCUGCUGGACGAUAAAGAAGGUACUGUUUAUUUGGCAGCACUUUUACCUGAAAAUCACUGGAGAGACUGAAGUUCGGCAUCCUUGUGAGGAUGCACUGAGGGACCCCUCUCCCGGGUGGGCCGGUCAACCAGAGCUGGAUCCUGUGCGGCGCGCUCCCCGCUACUGUAAGGAGUAAAGCCUCUCUUCUGAACAGUGUUUCACUCCCCGACCCCUGCCAACUUCACUCGAAAGUAAAACGGAUUAUCUGAUUAUUUCCCGUGGGAUCCUGCUGUGCAUAUUAUAGCUGCCUUGUUUCUUCUCGAGUAAACAGCACUUUAAAAAUUACUUAAGUGACUCUUAAAGCACCGGACACCUUCUGAGAUGAGAUAAAUGCAAAUCUUCCUUUUUUUAUUUUUAGAAAAUGUUCAAACUGGCUUUUAAAAAAUUACCUCUGUUAACAAAUAGAAAUAUUUUGUGUUGUGGCAGAUGACUGCUAUGGUUCAAUUGAUAGACGUUAUUUUGUGUGUGUACAGAAUGGCUACGUUUUCUUAACGGACAGUGGGUAAGGGGCUAAACUCCUGUAAUUUAAUAAUUUCCUUGUCUUUUGAUAUCUAUUGGCUGAAAUAUGAAAGAUGGAAAAUUUAUUUAACACUGAUUUGUCAUGCACUUUUCCUUGUGUCAAUAAAGGGUGUGGGCAAGUUCUGACAAUCAGAUGGUAGCCAUCACAAACUAUAUUUAAUAAUAAUUUAAUUUAUUUUUAAUUUGGAGAUACAGCACAGUAAAUGGCUCUUCUGGCCCAAUGUGCCCGUGCUGCCCAUUUACACCCACGUUGACUCAAUUGACCUAACAGCACGCACACCUUUGGAAGGUGGGAGGAAACCACGGCACUCAGAGGAAACCCUCACGGGGAGAACACACAAAAAUCCUUCGUGGGAGGAAUGUCACUGCCAGACAGCAGUGGGAGCUGGACCCCGGUAACGCACACAAAAUGCUGGAGGAACUCAGCAGGCCAGGUAGCACCUACGGAAAAGAGUACAGUUGACGUUUCGGGUGUAAACCCUUCGGCAGGACUGGAGGGAAAAAAAGCUGAGGAGUAGAUUUGAAAGGUGGGGGGGAGGGGAGAGAGAAAUGCCAGGUGAUAGGUGAAACUUGGAGGGGGAGGGAUGAAGCAAAGAGCUAGGAAAGAGACAGAAGGCCAUGGAAGAAAGAAGAAAGGGGGGUGGUGGAGGAGCACCAGAGGAAGGCGAUGGGCGGGCAAGGAGAUAACAUGGAAGAGGGACAAGGGGAUGGGGAGGCAUUACUGGGAGUUGAGAAAUCCAUGUUCAUGCCAUCAAGUUGGAGGCCGCCCAACCUAAGUUGUUCCUCCAACCUAAGUGUGGCCUCAGCACAACAGUGGAGGAGGCCAUGGAUAUGGGAAUGGGAAAUGGAAUUCAAAUGGGUGGCCACUGGGAGAUCCCACUUGUUCUGGCAGACAGAGCGUAGAUGCUCGGUGAAGCGGUCUCCCAUUCUACGUCGGUUCUCACCAAUGUACAAGAUUGAACCCUGGCCGCUGGUACUGUAAAGCGAGGUGCUAACCGGGACACUAUCGUGCCACCCUGUUAGCGAGGAGUGCCAAACUAUUGUUUUUAUGAAAUUAGAUUACGCUCCCCUUAGUGCAUCAUGGGAAAACACAGCAUAACAGCACAGUACAGGCCCUUCGGCCCACCCUGUGAUGACUGUUUAACCUACUCCAAGAUCAAUGUAACCAUUCCCUCCUACGCAGCCCUCCAUUUUUCUACCAUUCACGUGCUCAUCAAAGAGUUUCUUAAAUGCCCCUAUUGCCUCUACCAGUAGGUGAUAAAAAGCCAGCAGACAAUAUAUAAAUCCAGGCCAUCACAAUUUAAGAUGUCCAGGUUGCAGGGCCUUAACUCAAUUCACCUACUGUGCAACAGAGUGGGCCUCAUGCCCCCACUAUGAGGAACUGCAGAGGCAAGAGGGAAGAUUAAACAGGGUUCUCUAGCCUAGGGAGACUGUGGUCGUGUAAUAAAUAGAGUCAGAGGACUACAGCACAGAAACAGGCCCUUUGGCCCAUCUAGUCUAUGCCAAACUUACUCUGCCUAGUGCCAUCGACCCAGAGCUCUCUAUAUCUGUCCUGCCCCUGGACACCCAAACUUCCCUUAAACGUCAGAAUCAAAACUGCGUUCAUCACUUCCCCAGACAGCUUGUUUCACACUCUCAAUAUCCCCUGAGUGAAGAAGUUCCCCUCAAAUAUUUCACCUUUCACCCUUAACCUAUGACUGUUAGUUCUAGUGUCACCCAACCUCAGUAGAAAAAAAAGCCUGCGUGCAUUAAUUCCUCAUAAUUCUGAACACCUUUAUCAAAUAUCCCCUCAUUCUCUACGCUCCAGGGGGGAAAAAAAAGAGUCCUAACCUAUUCAACCUUGCCCUCUAACUCAGGUCCUCAAGUCCUGGUACCACCCUUGUAAAUUUUCUCUGUACUCUUUCAAUCUUAUUGAUAUCUUUCCUGCAGGUAGGUGACCAGAACUACACACAAUUUGCCUUCAACGAUGUCUUGUGCUGCUGCAACAUGAUGUCUCAUCUCCUGUACUCAAUACUUUGAUUUAUGAAGCUCAAUGUGCCAAAAGCUCCCGUUACAAUCCUUCUGUAUAUUUUCCCACUUGGGAUCAAUAAAGUACAAGUUAUUAUUAUUG